AUGGCUGCCCUCGUUCCUGACAGCACAAACAACAGCAGUAGCAGCAACAAGCUAGACGUCGACGGCCUCUCUUGCUCUUCCGCCAUCAGCGGCGGCGCCAGCGAUAACACGACCUACGUGCGCGCCGACCCUGACAACUUCCGGGCCUUGGUGCAGAGGCUGACCGGCGCCUCCGCCGCCACCGACAACUACUCCGUUCGCAGGCUUCCCUCAGAAGCACGGAAGGUCGAGAGCAAGAAGCGGAAGCUUCAAGAUAGAAGGCGGGUCCCCACCAAGCUCGAGAUCAACAUCAACCCUUCGCUCUACUCCACAAGUGCUACUUGUUAUCAUCGGCAACGCCAUUACCACCGCUUUAGUUGCACAGGAAGUUGGAGCAAAGGACACGAGGCAGGGCUGCUUACGUCUCCGAUAUCGACCAUGGAUUCUAUCUUGCUCGUCUCUUCCGCCAGUCCUACCGCCGCGACUCCUGCAGGUGCUGCCGUUCUACUUGUUAAGAAAGAGGAAGAGGAGAGAGCGAUCGCAGAGAAGGGGUUCUAUCUGCACCCUUCGCCUCGGAGUAACAGCAGAGAGCCACCCAAACUUCUGCAGUUGUUUCCCCUCCAUUCUCCCAAGAACUCAUCCGUUUCUACCUCAGAGUAG